CGGCCGAGCCCCCGGGCGGCUCCCGGGGAGACCCCCCGCGCCGGGCGGGCCCGGGCGGCGGCCAUGCCAGUGCGUGCGGCCGGUGCUGAGUCAGGAAGAGGCAUCCCCAAAUCCCCCUCCGAGACCAUGGAGGAGCUGGAACACACCUGCCCACAGCCGCGCCUGACUCUGACUGCACCUGCUCCAUUCGCAGAUGAAACAAGCUGUCAGUGCCAAGCACCCCAUGAGAAGUUAACCAUUGCACAAGCCCGCCGGGGAACACCAGUUGACAGACCUGUCAGAGUGUAUGCAGAUGGAAUAUUUGACCUCUUCCACGCUGGCCAUGCUAGAGCUCUUAUGCAAGCCAAAACUCUAUUCCCAAAUAGCUACUUAUUAGUAGGAGUUUGCAGUGAUGAUUUAACUCAUAAAUUCAAAGGCUUCACUGUGAUGAAUGAAACUGAGCGAUAUGAAGCCCUCAGACACUGUCGUUAUGUGGAUGAGGUCAUCAGAGAUGCACCCUGGACACUGACACCUGAGUUCCUUGAAAAACAUAAGAUUGACUUCGUAGCACAUGAUGACAUCCCGUACUCUUCCGCUGGAUCGGAUGACGUAUACAAACACAUAAAGGAGGCAGGAAUGUUUGUGCCUACGCAGAGAACCGAAGGUAUCUCCACAUCGGACAUCAUCACUCGCAUCGUGCGGGACUACGACGUGUACGCGCGGCGCAACCUCCAGCGAGGAUACACCGCCAAGGAGCUGAACGUCAGCUUCAUCAAUGAGAAGAAAUAUCGCUUUCAAAACCAAGUGGACAAAAUGAAAGAAAAAGUCAAGAAUGUGGAGGAAAAGUCAAAAGAAUUUGUUUACAAGGUGGAAGAGAAGAGCCAUGACCUGAUUCAGAAAUGGGAAGAAAAGUCCAGGGAAUUUAUUGGCAACUUUUUAGAGCUGUUUGGACCUGAUGGAGCUUGGAAGCAGAUGUUCCAGGAACGAAGUGGCCGAAUGCUCCAGGCUUUUUCUCCCCGGCAGAGCCCAAACAGCAGUCCUACACGAGGCCGCUCUCCAUCCCGUUCUCCAUCUCCACCUUGGGUCAUCAAUAAGACCUCCCCUCCCUCUUCUCCAAAAGCUGCCUCUGCCUCCCUCAGCAGCAUGAGCGAGGGAGAUGAGGAUGAAAAAUAAAAUAUAUAUUUUUUUAACCAUGAGACAGAAGAACAAGCUAUGAACUCAACCACUGGAUGGGGAGAAGCGUGAGGAACACCAGGGGUAUCUCUGACAGCAGGGAUCGUGCUCUGGGAGAUGUCAAAAAUGAACUGGAGCACAGCAAGGGAGAUCUCAGGAAGAGCUUAUCCCAUCCCCACUCCCUCACGCUGCUGGAGCCCAGCCAGCAGCACUUGCCAGGCACAGCUCCGGGGACUGACAGAAAACCACACCCCUGUGCAAGUUCCUGCCCCUGCCUUGCUGCUUUCCAGCUGCUGCUCCAGGCCAGGCCCGCGGGAGCUCUGCACCGAGGGGACUGGCAGGAGGAGCCCAGCUGGCUCCUGAUCCAGACCCAGCACACAGGGAAGUGCUGGCUGCAGCCUGCAGAGAGAGAAGACACAGUUGUACCCUGCUGACCUUGAGCUCUUCUGGCACGUGAAGGAAUGGCAUUGCUGCAGCAAAUAUGUUGAGAAACUGGGAAUAAAGUUGGGGUUUUUUUCUUUUUGAAUAACAUCUGCCCCAGAGCCCAGAUCAUGCAGUGAAAUGAAGAGCUCUCCAGACAAGUUGAUGGAAAUCCAUUUAACACAUUCAGUGCUGCUUGUUGACCAAGCCUCUGUGUGGGGUGUACGUAAGGAGUCAGGCUUUUUGCUUUAUCAAAUCACUCUGUGUUCCUAGUGCCUGAACAGCUGCCUAAUCACUUCUGGUUUGCUCCCUGGCUUUGCACUUGGAAGGCAAGAAAGUAAAUGAAAAGACAGCCAGAGCUGGAAUGUGGUGGUAUAGGAAAUAACACAGUUUGAAGAUGCUGAUGGUUUUUACUGGUGAAUUAUAAAAAUAUCCCAAGGCCUUUGGAUGUGGCCUCCUAGGAAAACCUGCUGCUCCCUGCUAUGUAUCAGCAAAUGACAAACAGUGCUGUUGUCACAUGG